AUGGAAGGGACCUCAGCAGAGCUGUCGACCCUCCCCUGCUCCCAGAUUGUCACCUCCAUCCUCAGCCCCGGCCUGGCCAACCUGGUGACAGGUGGAGGCAGACUACAAAAAGAAACCUGGCAAGGCAGGACUGUUUACAACCAGAGUCAAAAGGAUAUCCUCCAAGGGGGGCCUGGGUGGCUCACAUCGUUUGAACAAAACCCUUACGCUGAUAAAGCUACCAGGAAACAAUGGGGCAAGGAAAUUGGCAUUCCAGAGUGUAAAAUUCACAUAAAAUACUUACCAAAAGCAGCCAGAGAAGACUGGACAUCCAUCACAAGACCUCAAUCACAUAUCCUACUUCAAGCUUUUGAGAGGAACCAAUUCCCUGAUAGAACAACCAGGAAAAAACUGGCUAAAAUAACAGACAUUCAGGAAUCAAGAAUUCAAAUGUGGUUUCAGAAUUAAAGAUCUCUAUACCCAAGGCAGAGAAGUGAGUCCAUGAAUUCCUUGGCAGACAGCCCAAAUGCAAGACCAGGUCUGACAGCUCAGCACCACCAAAUUGAUCUGCCCACUUUCCCAGGCAGGUCUCAUCAUUUUGCUUCCUCCCAUUUUUUCCGUAGGAACCAAACAUUUCUACCUGCUCCUCUCCCAUCCCAGGAGUCCUCUGUCUCUUGUGUGAACCAAGGACCAAGCGUCAUGAUGGUACAGCCCAGAGACUAUGCAGACAGAAUUCUUUACUCUCCUCGGAAUUACCGGCCAAUACCAUCAACUCUGCGAGUCUCAGAUACUCAGGCUCCUUUCUGGCCGCCAAAGCAAGAAAAGUGCCAGAAUCACAAAGAAUAGAAGCACACAGGAGUACUACAGUUGAAGGACUACUCUCAGCCUCAUCCUGAGCACCAAAACCACCAACUGCAGGAUCUGGGGCAGGUAGACAUUAUUCUGCAAUGGUGGGAUGAAAUCUGCCAGACUCUGAUUGCAAAGUGGGAUCCUCGAGGAGGGACACACUGA